UUCUAUUAGAAUAUAUAAUAUUGUAAAAAUGGACAAGGACAAAUUACGAAGCUUAAAAUAAAUAUUGAAUGUAGAAAAACCGACAUUUCCGAUGUCACCAUCGACAUUCCUGUCAAUUUCUUUGAUUUGCGAUACGUAAUGAAAUUAUCGUAAGUACAUAGAAUGUAAAAAUUCCGAUUUACGAAAUUGUAUUUAAGGCGCAGCGAUAAUCCUAAACAAGUAGACAAAAUGUAUUCAUUGACUUUGGCACUAAUUGCUUGGUGGAUCGUAUUUGCUAAUGGUCAAAGUUGCGACCAACGAAAAUACGAUCAAGAUAGUGUAGUGUGCGUUUGCAAUGCAACUUAUUGCGAUUCCUUCGAUCCCAUUACGCCGGAAGCGAGUGGAAAGUACUUGAUCUUCACGUCGGAUCGGGAUGGACGAAGGUUUCAAAAAUCCGUGCAAAACUUUUCCAAUCCAUCGAACGGAUCGGACUCGUCGUGGAUCAACAGGAACGUAACGUAUCAAGGUAUUGUCGGUUUUGGUGGAGCUUUCACGGAUUCCACCGGAAUCAACAUCAAUUCAUUGGACGAAAAAACCAAAUCCAAUCUCAUAAGCGCGUACUUUUCCAAAAAAGGGAUUGAGUACAACAUGGGACGAGUUCCAAUUGGUGGAACGGAUUUCUCAACGCACGCUUAUUCUUACAUGGAUAAUCAAACCGUUGCUUAUUCCAACGUCUCAUCCACUAACUUCACCUUGGCCCCAGAAGAUCUUCAAUACAAAAUCCCAUUGAUUAAAAACGCGCAGCAGGUUUUGGGUCGCAAACUGAAACUGUUCGGAUCGGCUUGGAUUGCGCCGAGAGCUUGGAAAAGCAAUGGACAGUACAGCGGUUUUGGAUUCUUGAAUCGCGAACAUUUCCAGGAUUGGGCCGACUAUCACAUCAGAUUCCUGCAGUUGUACAAAGAGCAAGGUCUUGACUUUUGGGGAAUCACGACGGGCAAUGAACCCAACAACUAUUUGGUACCAUUCAAUAAAGUGCCGACGGUCGCAUUCUUCUUCUACGAUCAACAAACGUGGAUAAAUAAUAACUUUGGUCCCACACUGAGGAACUCUUCAUAUUCCAACGUCAAAUUGAUAGGUUUGGAUGAUAACCGAAUAGUUUUAGGUUUUUUGGAUGAUCAACUGAAAAGCAACGUGACGAGAAGUUUCAUCGAUGGCAUUGGAAUUCAUUGGUACACGGAUUUCAUUCCUGCCUCAGUUGUAACUAAAUUCCAUAAUAAAUAUCCAAAUCUGUUCAUUUUCGGAUCGGAAGCUUGCAUACAAAACAUGUUACAAGAACCAGUCGUUUUGGGCUCGUGGGGCAGAGGAGAACAGUACGCCAAUGACAUUAUAAAUGAUUUGCAAAACUGGAUGGGCGGUUGGGUCGACUGGAAUAUGGCUCUGAAUGUGCAAGGUGGACCAACGUACAUUAAUAACUUCGUCGAUUCUCCGAUCAUCGUGAACGCGACAGCUGGAGAAUUUUACAAGCAACCCACGUAUUACGCUUUAGGUCACUUCUCUAAAUUCCUACCCGAGAAUUCCGUUCGAGUGAAGAUAGAGGAUCUAGAAAAUUUGCAGGUCGUCGCUUUUCAGAGACCCGACAACGCGACUGCAGUCAUUGUACUAAAUAGCAACGACGAUGCACGAGAAUUCAAAUACUUCGAUAACGAACGCGGAGAAAUCUCCUUCAAUUGCACUCCGCAUUCCAUUUCCAGUAUUUUAUAUUGGUAAAGAUUCCCGGUUUUGUUCCUACGUUUUAAGAUUGGAUAUGCACAACAGAAAAAAAAAUAGUUUAUAAUAGUAAUAUUGCCAAUAUUAAU